GAAAAUGAGGAUUGCAACCAUUUGUAUUUCAGAGAGCAGAGCAGACAUACGGGCGCGCUUCGUUUCAUUUCGCGUAUGCGAGUGAGUGAAUUUUUGUAUCGUUCGAUUUGUUUUAAAAUCGACAAACAGCCGACUACAAAAACUUACGCGAAAUUAUAUUCGUUUAUUAAAAAUAUUUCGCAAGCAAUGUGCCGUAUUGCAUCAACCAAGUGAAAUUAAAGUCAGCACAAAAAAUAAUAAAAAUAAAUAAAUAAAAUUACUCACACUUACACGCGCGCACACACACACAACAGAGAAACGAAUGAACACAGAAAAGGCAAUGAAAAUGCCAAUCGUGAGCUAAAGUCAAAUAGCAGUUAGUAAAGUGAAUAAAUAGCAAGAACUGUGAUAAUUGUAAAGCUGGCAAGCAGUGCAUAAACAACAUUUGGAACCCCAACAAGAGCAACAAACAACAAAAUGGUUAGCAGCAGCAACAAUACGAAUGGUGUGGAUGGCAACAAAAUAGUUAACGGUCUCCUAACGGCACUUGCGACCACUCCUGAGAGCAGUAGCAGCAGCAGUGGCAGCAGCAGCAACAACAACAACAACAUCAACAUGGACGCCUCGUCGGCUUCGAGUGCAGCUGUGACGCCCGCAUUGACUGUGUUUACAUCAGCCACGUCCAGUCCUUCCGCCAUGUCCACGCCCACAAAGGAAGCGCAGAUGCUGCGCACAAUUAGGGAGAAGAUUCUCCGAACGCCCGGCGGCGUAUGUGAGCUGCAUGCUUUGAGUUUUGCCGAGCAGACCAACAUCAAUGGCGGCAGCAUUAGCGCGUUUGGAGCAGGCGUGGAACAGCCUGUGAGAGUGAUCAAGAACCGCUAUGUGAUUAGCGCCCAGCCUAAUCACAUCUCGGCCGCAGCAGCAGCCAAAACACCCGCCUCCUAUCGCCAUCUGAUCGACCUGACCUCAUCGAACCUGCAGUGCAUGGACGUCUACAAUGGCAGGCAGUAUCCCUGUAAGAUUAUCAACGAGCCGCUGGACAAGGUGCAACGCGCCUAUUUUCAGCUGGAGCAGGACGACGAGCUCUGCCGCAGCACCAUCUAUGGCCAUAAGCUGAUUCGCGGUGCCCACGAUCUGGUGCCGCUCUCCAAGAAUCGCACCUACAUCAUCAACGCACCCGCCCAGCAUGUCUAUGAGAACCUCCACACGUACAUCCGCCAUGAGAAGCGUCUGUGCGAACAGGAGGCACGCGCCAUAUUUCAUCAGAUCUGCCAGACGGUGCAGGUGUGCCAUCGCAACGGGAUCAUUCUGCGCGAUCUCAAACUGAAGCGCUUCUACUUCAUUGACGAAGCGAGAACGAAACUGCAGUACGAAUCGCUGGAGGGCUCCAUGAUACUGGAUGGUGAGGAUGAUACGCUUAGCGACAAGAUCGGCUGUCCACUGUACACGGCACCGGAACUGCUGUGUCCACAGCCCACGUACCAGGGCAAGCCGGCGGACAUGUGGUCAUUGGGUGUCAUACUCUACACAAUGCUCGUUGGCCAGUAUCCCUUCUACGAGAAGGCCAACUGCAAUCUGAUAACGGUAAUCAGGCAUGGCAAUGUCCAAAUACCAAUGUCGUUAUCCAAGUCGGUUCGCUGGUUAAUGCUCUCGCUACUGCGCAAGAAUUACACUGAGCGCAUGACGGCAACUCACAUUUUUCUAACGCCCUGGCUGCGAGAGCAGAAGCCGUUCCAUUUGUACCUGCCCGUCAAUGUGCAAAUUGCCGACGAUUGGGAUGUCGAAGAGGAUCAGGAUGGUCAUGAAAGCAUGGAGGUGGGCGACAUGAGUGAAAUCUGCCCACUGGUUGGUGAGAAGCCGGAAGAUGAGUUUGACGACGACAUCGGUGUGGAGCCGCUAGACUAUACCCACACUACUCUGCAAAUGGCCCAAACAAGCAGCUCCAGCUCCAGCACUCUAAGCAGUUCAACUGAAACCGAUGCAGAUGCUGACGAGGAUAUGGGCUGACCUAUGCUUGACACGGAGACACACAAGAAGCCACUGGAAGCUCGCUCUCUCGUAUACGCUGGCGCGUGAUCUUGAUUGGAUUCAAGACUCAAUUCUGUGGACCUCUCUCUGCAUGAGGCGCAUUGAUUACCUGCGCUCUACGAAGAUAGCCAGGGCUAAGGCGGCCGCGCUCUUCACGUCAACAUCCUUCGCGAAGGUGUGAUGCUCACCUUUGACACUCGCACUCAAAAAGACUUUGUAGCCUCGCUCACCUUACACGUACACAAAAACACACACACAAAAUUAGUAACUACAUAAAAACUCUCACUGCCUUCCAAAACAGUAACGAAGUAACGUUAGACCGUUCUCUACUUGAAGGAUCCUUUUAAUUGCUUCAUAUGUAAGAAUCCAAAUUCGUAUGCGAAUCGUCCUCGUAACUAUUGCAACUGCAACUGAUUCUUCCUAAUAGAAACUUAUGUA